CGCGAUACUUGGAUUAGCACAUCCCGGUACUUCCAUCAUGGCAGGCAGUAAGUUGGUGUUAGAAGGCAGAGUGAGUAUAAAAAGCUUUAUUUUAGGCCUCAGCGUCGUCCUCAUCCCGCUCAUCAGAACCUGGUUCGGACACCUGGACUGGGUCUUCGAUUAUCUGACAGAGACUCCCGGGAAAAUUGCUAUUUGUGUCCACAUAGCGGCUAUAAACGGCCUUUUGCUUGUCAUAUACAGAGGACCCGUGUACAAGGUUGCUGUGAGAGCCUGCUUCCUGGGAGUCACGUUCGGCUGCGGCCUGAUCAUCAGCUUCUCUGACACCACCUGGACGCACUUUGGCUGGUACAUGUGCUCACUGUCAUUCUUCCAUUACUCCGAGUACCUGGUGACGGCCGUCAUUAACCCUCGCAGCCUGUCGCUGGACUCCUUUCUGCUCAACCACAGCGUGGAGUACACACUGGCCGCCGUGUCUUCAUGGCUGGAGUUCACUGUGGAGAAGCUCACUGUUCCAGAGCUGAAGCAUCUAAACUGGCUCAGUUUGGUUGGACUGGUCAUGGUGCUGUGCGGCGAGGCGCUGCGGAAAGCAGCCAUGCUGACGGCCGGCUCCAACUUCAACCACAUCGUCCAGAAUGAGAAAGCCCAGAGCCACAUACUGGUCACCACUGGGGUCUACGCCUACUUCAGACACCCGUCCUAUGUGGGCUGGUUCUACUGGAGCAUAGGAACUCAGGUCAUGCUGUGCAACCCCGUCUGCAUCGUGGGCUACACGAUAGCCAGCUGGCGCUUCUUUCGGGAGCGGAUAGAGGAGGAGGAACUGUCCCUUAUCCAUUUCUUUGCUGAGGACUACGUGGAGUACAAGAGGAAGGUUUCCACCGGGCUGCCCUUCAUCUCUGGCAUCCGCGUCAACUAGCACCCAGACUGGACUCUGAGCCCAACAGACUGAGAGCUCCAAAGCAGGCCAGACCUGGUGGUGAUGUGUUGUCUGCUGUAGCAGCUGCUGCCCCCUGGAGGUGAGCGUCUGCCACUGGCUGAGGUUCUGUAGCACCAAGAGCCACCGAGGCAGCUGGGCUGCUCCUUUUCUACCAACAUCCAGUAUCAGAACAGAGAACCUCAGAUGUUCACGUCUUUCUACUCUUCCUCCUUUCAUCUCACCUGUUUCUGUCUGCAUGCUUUCACCAUGGUUACCGGUUUCUGCCCAUCUGUUGGGUUUAAGGAUCAGCGCUUUGCCUGGACCCUUCGGUGUCAUAGGUCCGGUUCUUUCUUUUCUUUUUAACAGAUGUUUCAUAGAAAAUUAGCAAUAUAAAUGUUUCUAAAGUGAAUGAGAACCCAAUUAAGGUUUUUAGAUGAUCUGUUGAUGUAUGUUUUCUACAGCCCAUCAGGAUUUGGCAUAAAACCAAGAUCCAUAUUUAUAACAAGGACUUUAAAAGACCAGGAUGUUGUUUUUCAUUUAGCAUCAACGUGAAGAUAUUUAUAUACUGUUGGAGUCGUGGUGUAUCGUGCACUUUCUCAUUUUAGCAUAUUGCUCUUUUAUUCUAUGUUCCGUCACUCUGAGCAACCAGAGAGCUGAGCCGUCUGGCUGUGGAGAAGGAGAAGAGAGUCAUGCAGAAUAUUGAUUUUUUUCUUUUUCUUUUUAAGAGAUCAUCCUGCUUCUCUUUUCAGCUCAUUAUUUCUUACUGGAAUAAUUGUUUACAAGAAUAGUUAAAGCAGAGAGAGUGAAAUCACCAUAAAAAAGGACCAAUGGGUAAAAGUGGAGUUCCUGUUUCAAAUUUAUUGGUAAUUUCUGGUUCUGGGAGGCUGAAAUGUGUAAAAGCUUGCUGGAGGUUUAUGUUUUUUUGAUUUUUUUUUUUUUUCUUAAUUUUCUCAGUGAGAAGCUCGAGGCAGAAUAGAUAAAUGGUUUAAGUAGAGUGAUUUCACCUCCUGAUCUUCACCUCUUUAUAAAACUAGUGCAGAACAGGAGAUGAUGUCAUACAGGGAUUUUCGUUAAUCUCUUGAACUGAUAGUUUGACUGAACUGGUGUAGGAACUGGGAGCUGUGGGAAUUCCCUUAUAGUUCUCAGGGUUUGGGUCUCAUCAUCUGGUGUCGUGUCAUUUCCACCUCAUCGGCAUCAUAUUGGUCCACAAACCCACCACAUGAUGGCGCUUCGUGGUGCAGGCUGUUCCAAUCCUCAAAGCCACUGUCGUCAUGGAGACGUUUUCAUCUGAAUGUGAUUCAGGCUGUAGAAACGUGAUUACAUUUAUUUUUAAAGAUUGAAGCAGCUUUUUUUUCUUCUUUUUACACUGAUCAUUUAUGACAGGACUCCUCAUCUGAACCAUUGUAGCACAAACCUGGACAUGCCGGUGUAUCUCUAACGUCUCCUAAAUCCUCAGAUUGAAUGACAGGGAGCAGCCAGGCCCAAGUGGCCCUGAGGAAACUACCGAGAGUUUUUUACAGCCGCAAACAGACCAAAGUAUUAAGCUGCAGACGUUUCUAGGUGAAUUCAUGUUGCAUUAAAGCAUCUUAACUCUGUAUUUUUCUUUAGGUGUAUAAAUAAUCGUAGUCUGGAUGAAUUUGACAAAGACUCGACCUCCUCUCUUUAUGUCUGAUCAUGAAGUCUUCCCUCGUAAGUUUCUAAAUCUGAAACCGAGAUUAUAUCAAAAGUUGGAUGACAGAGGUUCCCUACAGGCAGCCACCGCCCGUUCAUGGCCGCCACACAGUCCUGCUCAGAACAUAGAUUUUCAGCCUGAGCAGGUAGAGCUUUGUUUUCUGCAGCAGGUGUGAAAUAUGUGACAUUUAUAGCCAUGGUCAAAGCAAAGUACCGCCUGUUUUCAUUCCUCUGGUUGAGAAACAAUCGGGUCUAAAACCAGUGGUUUCCACAUUGGCGUUGGUAUCCGCUGUAUGAUCAGAUGAUUUCUAUCUAAGCCAGAACGGAGAGAUUUCUACGACUCUUUAAAGUGGUUGUCCUUUUUAUUUUUUUUCUCUCUUUGUAAAGAGGUGACCUGCUGUCACUAAUGCAGGGGUCUGCAGCCUUGGACCUUUCACAGAAACCCUUCACAAGACUCUUAAGUAAAUCCUAAGGAUUUUUUUUUCAACCUUCUAUUGAAUAACUUUUAAAUGUAUUAGAGAAUGACAUGAAACACAACAGUAACAUGUUUUAGUGUAGGUGCAAUGAUAAGCAGUUUUCUGGUCCUGAAAAAGCCGGAUAUGGCAAAUCUAAUUUUGACCGAUAUUGAUUUUUGUUCAUCACAGUUUCUAUAAGGUCACAUUGUUCCUUCUGUUUAAAAAAAUGAACAGUAAUUGUUUUAUCUGAACAAGAUACAGUUUUAGAACACAGCCUUUGCAGAAUGGAUCAGAUAAUUUUCACAUCGAUAUCCUAAAUGAAGGAAAUAAAGGCUGACUGAUCAAACAAGUUCUUUUUAUUUCUCUGGUCAUUCAGUUGGAAACAACAUUUGUUACAGUUCUUUCCACUUUCCACCUAAUUUUUUGUUUGAUUUUGUUUUAUUUUUUUUUUUCAUCAGGAAAAAAAAAUAGUGUCUGUUUGGGUUGUGAAGGUUGCAGACCCCUGAACUAAUGAUUAUGACUGGAGCUCUGAUCGAAGCUGGUCCAUUAUUCUUACUUCUGUUAAAUUUCUGGAGCAAAGAUGGAUGACAGGAGGAAGCCCAGGCUCUGCUGCCAGGGUUUAGUUUUUUACCCCCCUGCCAAAAUGUUUUCUCAGGUUAGAUUGGAGCAGUUCUAGUCUCCAAAUCCAGUCUGAGUUUUGAGGUUUCCUUCGCCACCACGUCGCUUGGUCUGUUCUCCAGUGCAGACCUGACUAUCUGCUAAGAUUCAACAAAUCCAGAAUUCAGGGGCUUUGAUCCAGUUUGACCAAAUGGAAGUCAUGUUUGAUUAAAAGUGAUGUUUAAUGUUUAUCAUAUAAUGUGACACAUGUAGCUUUUUGGCACAGUGCAUUGUGGGAGAUGAUAAAAAGGUGUCUGUGUGCACACAUACACACACAGAUCUUAUGCUGCAUUUGAACUGUUUAGAGAAUCUUUAUGGAUGGUUUUCCACUUUAACUGAAAACUGCAUUUAUUGGGCACUGCUUGUAUGAAAUAAAGAUACGAUUAUUAUCUAAA